GAGUUUGGUCAUCAUCAGGUUCAGUACACACUCGAGCUGCCCCUGAAGAGAGGCGUUGCACACGCGUCAGCGGACUCCAGUCUGCAUCUAUCACACUGACUGUGUGUUUUCUCUUUUCCAAAGCAUUUCCUCGUGGAGGCUGGCGCUUCUUUUGCGGACUUUAGAGUUUAUUUGCACGACUCGCUGAGACUUACAUCAGUCGAGCUGGGAUAUUAGUUUCCGUUUGUCUGUCUGGAGCUGAAACAUGAGCGCGAGGGGAAACGCGAUGGCGAUGUUCGGGAUGCGUUUAGCGGAGGAUCAGAUUAAAGUUCUGGAGGAGAACUUCACGAAGGUCAGCAAACACCCCGACUUCACCACACUGAUGCUGAUCGCUGCGGAGUGUGGGCUGAGCGAAGAGGAUACAGCGAAAUGGUUCAGGAUGCGAAAUGCUCAGUGGAGGAAAGCAGAAGGUCUCCCUGCUGAACUGGGAUCAGUGAAGGACUGAUGGAAGAUCUUCAUGUUCUUCUUCUCUCUCUGCUCCCGUGUUUGUUCACUAGAC